AUGCCAGAUCUUACUUCGGUAUACGUUGAAAUUGUUAAGCAAAAGCAAGAAGCUUUGCCACCAGCUGAUCGUGAAAAAGUCUUGCUCAGCCAGACUUCCAAAAUUCACAACAAACAACUUCAGCAAAAAACUGACAUCUUUACACAGGAAUGCCUCAGCGUGAACGAAACAAUUAAGCAACUGAAACAUUCAAUCGAAACCAUUCGCCCCGCGUACCUGGCCUCGUCCAGUCGAGCCAUGCGAGGCGGCAGCAACACUAGCAUUCUCGGGAAGUACCGAGCAGGUCUCGGUGCUUUGGGCUCUGGAGGUCCACCUCCGGUGUCCUUGACAGAAAAAGAACGCGACGAUUUUGACUACGAAGCACGUAUGGUGAUUCAAAAAACAAUGGCGCGGAUACGACAUCUCGAAGAUCUCGAGCAACAGCGGAUUGCACGCGAAACAGCUCGUGGUGCCGCUUCAAUCACACGAAAGCUUCUGGCACUUGGUGGAGGUAAUGCAGUAAUUAAUGAAGAAGAUCAGGCUGGCAAAACACUUGCUCUUCAUCGUGCAGGCAUGCUGUGGUACCUUAACGAGGCACUCAAGGAAGUUUCAGCAAAACAUGCGUCACAACAAGAAAUACGGCUGAGCCGGCAGCUUGAAAAAACUAAAAACGCUUUGCAUACAGUUUCUGAUAAUGACUAUCCUACCCCAGUUUCGCGGACUGGUACUCCAAACAUUGCUGGUUCAGGAUCGACGUUACCGUUUGAUGGAAGUUCCACUUCGCUAGCAACAUCCAGUAUUAACUUUGAUACCACUACAGACGAAAUGCCUGAGGCGUUGCGCGAACUGACACCGCAACAAAUCACAGCUUUGGAAAGUGAAAACAGCGCGCUUAUGGACGAACUGGAACUGUCACUCAACAAGGCCAAAGCUGCUGAAAAGUCUCUGAUGGAAAUCUCCCAGCUCCAAUCUUCGCUGGCUGCUCAUCUGUCAACCCAGCAUGAUCAUAUUCAAAACCUGCUCAAUGAAUCCGCACAGGUCCAUGAAGAUAUUCUUCAAGCUAAUAAACAGCUUGACAAUGCAAAGGCUCGUAAUCGACGUGCAUCCAAACUUAUCAUUACUGCUUCACUUAUUCUUGCAUUUUUAUUACUUUUUUAUGAUUACUUAUUGUCUUAG